AUGGCUCAUGACCCUCGACUAUCCAGUGCGGGCACUGCCACUCCCAAUCCGCCUCCUCCGCCCCCUCCUCCGCCCCCAGAGACCUCUAUGACAGGCACAGGCGAGGCCCAGGCCGCAGAAGCAGCUGCCCCCGCACCGUCGUCAGACUCAUUCAAGCUGAAGUUCUGCACAGUAUGUGCAUCGAACCAAAACCGUUCGAUGGAAGCCCAUCUCCGCCUCUCCACGGCGCCCUCUCCCUUUCCCGUUAUUUCAUUCGGAACAGGUUCUCUGGUCCGUCUUCCAGGACCAUCCAUCACUCAACCCAAUGUCUACAACUUCAACACCACCUCGUACUCGCAAAUGUAUGACGAGCUCCUCGCCAAGGACGAAAGACUCUACCGUAAUAAUGGCCUUCUGAACAUGCUUGACCGCAACCGGAAUUUGAAAUGGGGCCCGGAGCGUUUCCAGGACUGGGUUCCCGGGAUGCCGCGUGUGGACCACGUGUCGAAAGGCGACAAGGGUGCUCUGGGCACCGAAGGAGGCACGGUCGACGUCAUCAUCACCUGCGAGGAGCGGUGCUGGGAUGCCGUCGUAGACGAUCUCAUGAAUAAGGGCGCGUCCCUCAACCGACCAGUCCACGUAUUCAAUGUCGAUAUCAGAGAUAACCAUGAGGAAGCCCUGGUAGGAGGAAAGGCCAUCCUCGAAUUAGCCACGCGACUGAACGAUGCGGCGACCCAGGAACGUAAGAUUCAUGGUGCCGAGGGCUGGGAAAACGGUAACGGCGACGCCCGUAGGAGCUUCGACGAACGUGUACCCGAGAUUCUGGCUUCGUGGCAGGAGAAAUGGCCUAAUUUGCCGGCUUUGUGGACUCUGGCCUGGCUAUAG